GGUAAGUGAGGGUCCUCGCGUUCUUUUCGUUUUUUCUUUUCCCUUUGUUUUUUCGUUUUUGCAAAUUCUGUUGUUUUUUCUAUAAGUAUUCAAUCUCCGGCAACGCCUCGCUUUUUCCCCUUCCCUCCGUCCCUCCUCUCUCUCGUAAACGUAUUCGUUCCUCGCUUCCUCUCUCCGAUCACGAGAUCCCCAUCUCUCUUUCUCUAUCGAUGCCUACGAGACGUUGGGCCUAAUCGAGUUCCUCCUCUGGUCUGUGUGGAAGGCAGAUUGUUGACCAGAGGAGAGAGAGGGCCGAAGCAGGGAGUAGAGAGAUUUCUCUUCCCUGAGAGAAGAUUUGUUCUCUCGUUAAUUUGGUUCCUUCUCUUGGGGGAGAGAAGGAGGAAGGGAUGUCACAUUCCGGGGAAGGGAGACUCAGGUGGCUGCCGACGAACCAGAGGAGGGCGACGAUCCCACCGCCGCCACCGCCGCCGAGAGAGCUGGGACUGGGAGCGCUCGCUGAUGAGUUUAGAGAUGUGCUAUCCAACAAGCCGGACACCGUUGACCUCAGGCUCGGGUCGCCGGUUUCCCCCCUUGGGCUGCAUUCUCAUCCUGGCAGAGCCACCACCAGCUCCUCCGGCUCGUCCGGGCCCCCGACAGCCAGGAAGGCGAGCAACAACAACUCGGGCGAGCUGUCAGCAGGGAGCAGCGGCAGCUCCAGUGGUGGUGGUGGCGGCGGCGGGGGAGGAGGAGGAGGAGGCAGCCCUACUGCUGAGAGCGUGCGCAACUCCGGUAGAUCUGUCCGGACGGGGAACAUCCUCGCCCCUACUUCGCCAAUGGAGAACCCUCCGGAGUCAGCCUGCGGGAGGAGGUCGGUAGGCCCCGCGGCAACUGGGUUGCUGAUCCAGUCGGGAAAUCCGGUGAGGAGCAUCUCGCCGGUGACGCCGGCGAAGACCGGGCGGAGUGACGUGCUCGGUUCGGGGAUGGGGAAUUAUGGGCAUGGAAGCGUAAUGCGGGGUGGGGGGAAGCACAAUGACUUUCCGGCUCCUGUGCCGGUGGCGGCGGGGAAUAUCCGGCUGGCAGGCGAAUCCAUGGUGGUGCGGCGGGCAAUGGAGAGCGGAGACCCGGAGGAGGUGAGGAAGGCGGGGAACGAGCAAUACAAGAAAGGGCAUUUCGUUGAAGCCCUGCGCCUCUAUGACCGAGCGUUAGAGAUCUCGCCUGACAAUGCCGCUUGCCGGAGUAACAGAGCGGCUGCACUGACGGCUCUGGGGAGGCUGGUGGAGGCAGUCCGUGAGUGCGAAGAGGCGGUCUGUUUCGACCCAAAUUAUGGGAGGGCGCACCAGAGGCUGGUCGGGUUGUACCUCAGACUAGGUCAAGUGGAAAAUGCAAGAAGGCAUGUCUAUUAUUUUGGCCAUCAGCCAGACUCAGGAGAGUUGCAAAAACUGCAGACCGUAGAGAGACAUAUAAGCAAAUGUGUUGAUGCUUGGAAAAUUGGAGACUGGAAGAGUGCUUUAAGGGAAGGUGAUGCAGCCAUUGCUGGUGGAGCAGAAUCUUCUCCUCAUUUAUUUGCAUUACGGGCAGAGGCACUGCUCAAACUACACCGGCUGGAUGAAGCAGAUUCAGCUCUAUCUAGUGUUCCCAAGUUUGAUUUACCCUUGCCUUCCUGUUCUCAGAUCAAGUUCUUUGGAAUGGUUGGUGACUCCUACUUAUGUUUUGUUCGUGCACAGGUGGAGAUGUCAUUGGGCAGGUUUGAGAAUGCAGUUUCAGCAGCUGAAAAAGCUGGGCAGUUAGAUCCACAGAACCAUAAAAUUUCACUAGUCCUGAACAAGGUGAGAGCUGUUGCCAGAGCUCGAGCAAGAGGAAAUGAUCUUUUCAGUGCUGGCAAGUUUGCUGAAGCAUGCUCUGCUUAUGGAGAAGGUUUGGGUUAUGAUCCAUCAAAUCCUAUUCUAUAUUGCAAUAGAGCUGCUUGUAGAUCAAAGCUUGGGCAGUGGGAAUGGUCAAUUGAUGAUUGCAAUCAUGCUCUGAGAAUUCGACCCAAUUACACCAAAGCCCUUCUUCGGCGAGCUGCUUCUAAUAGCAAGUUGGAACUAUGGUCAGAUGCAGUUCACGAUUAUGAGAUAUUGAGGAAAGAAUUACCAGAUGACAAUGAGGUCGCGGAGGGAUUAUUUCAUGCCCAAGUUGCAUUGAUGAAAUCAAGAGGUGAGGAAGUAUAUAACCUAAAGUUUGGAGGUGAAGUGGAAGAAAUUUCUGACAGUGACCAAUUCAAAGCUGUGGUUGCCUCACCUGGAGUUUCGGUGGUGCAUUUCAAGAGACGUUCUAAUAUACAAUGCGAGCAGAUCUCUCCAUUUGUGGACACACUUUGUGUUCGAUAUCCCUCUUUGAAUUUCCUCAAGGUGGACAUUGAUGAUAGUCCAGCAGUGGCCAGAUCGGAGGAUGUGCGGGUUGUUCCUACCUUCAAAAUCUACAAGAACGGCAACAGAGUGAAGGAAAUGGUGUGUCCAAGCCAGCAGGUAUUGGAGUACUCCGUUCGUUAUUGCAGUCUUUAAGAGAGUCCCCUGAUUUAUUUUUUCGUUUUCCCCUUUUCGCCUACCUCUCAAAAUUCCUGCAGCAUCCCGCUAGCAGCUAGAACCUCGAUUGAUUCAAGGCCGGAACUGAAAGAUUAGGACAAUUCUCAUUUUUGGCCUUAUUAUUCUUUUUAUUUAUCCCCUCUACGUCUAUUUUUUCUUUUCAUCUUUGUUCAUUUUUUCCUUUGUUUUUUCCCAUUAUUAGAUCAGCCCUGAUUCUUAUGGCCGCUCACCUUGAGAAGGUUGAGUGAGAAACUCUGUACUAUUACUUGGCCGUGUAGAGAUAGAGAGAGAGAUUGGUGGUGGAGAAUGUUGUAAAUGUAUAUAUUGAUAUACAUAUCGGAUCGAUGUUAUAUUGAAAUCUCUGCUAUGCAAAGUCAAUUUUUUCA